AUGGGAGCGAUUCGAGGGACGAUGGAAGCACUUGGGCAAGCACGAGGGCGGCACUGGCGGGGUGGUCGUCAACGUUGCCUCCAUCCUGGGGCUCAGCGUGCUGGCAUAGUAGAGAACGUGGCGAAAGGCAUCCUGCACGUGAUUGAGCACGGCGCCAGUGGGAGUGUGUGGGUGUGUGAAAAUUAUGAGCCAGCGUUUGAGGUGGCCGUACCGGAAUAUCGAAAAAUUCACAUAACAUCUUAACCUGCACAAGAAAAGCAGAAUAAUUUCAUUCGAGAUCUAAAUCUAGAGGCAUGUUUUUCACAACGAUAAAAACAACAAUAAGAUUUCACGUUAUGUAGACGAACUGAAUCGUGGCGAAUCACAAUUUCAUAACGAUUAACAAGUUUUUUAUCAUAAAGGCAAAAUAUAUUUAUAUUUUAAAAAAUAAUAAAUUUCAUGCAAUGCGUACAAAAAAGCGUGAGUAUGAAUGAGUUUUGAUUCAGUUGGACUGAAUUGGACAAAUAUUUAGACCAAUAUUCUUCUUUCUGAAAACCAACUCCAGAUUUAUAAUUUUACUUGUCAUUAUAAUAACGUC